GCCACAGGAGACAAGCACACACGCUGUUGUCCUGCUGAGACAACAGCUCUUUAAUCAUGUGGCUUUAUAAUGUUCUGUUGAGUGUUGAUUUCACUGGGCUGCUCCUGUUUGCUUUUCUUUUUCUGCUGGUAGCAGAUUUCAUCAAAAACAGGAAUCCACCAAAUUAUCCUCCAGGGCCACGGGGUCUCCCCAUCGUGGGGAGUUUCUUCAGUAUGGACAGUAAACAUCUAGACAUUUAUUUGAGCAAGCUGGCUGAUGUCUAUGGGAACGUGUUCAGUGUUCGGGCUGGCAGGGACAAGAUGGUGGUCGUGUCUGGAUACAAGAUGAACAAAGAAGCCAUAGUGACACAAAAUGACAUUUUUAUUGAUCGAGCAUACAGUCCAAUAGCUGAUAGGUUAUACUUGGGCUCAGGUGGUCUAUUUAUGAGUAAUGGUGAAAAAUGGAAGAAACAGCGACGUUUUGCCCUGACUACGUUACGCAACUUUGGCUUUGGCAAAAGCAUCCUUGAACAGAGUAUCCUUGAGGAGGCCAAAUACCUGCAGGAGGUGAUGGAAAAUGAGAGAGGUGAAGCUUUUAGCACAGCAGGCCUCUUCAACUACGCUGUGUCCAACAUCAUUUGUCAGAUGGUGAUGGGGAAACGCUUUGACUACAGCGAUCACAUCUUCCAGACCAUGCUGAAGUAUUUGGCUGAGGUUCUGGCACUGGAGGGGUCCAUAUGGGGUAUGCUGUACGAGUCAUUUCCCAGCAUGAUGAAGCACUUGCCAGGCCCUCACAACAAAAUCUUCUCCAACUUUAACCACAUCAGAGACUUCAUCAGUGAGGAGGUUGAGACGCACAAGAAGGAUCUGGACCACAGUGAUCCUCGGGACUACAUUGAUGCUUUCCUCAUCGAAAUGGAGAAUCACAACAAGUCUGAACUGGGCUUCAAUGAGACCAAUCUGACCUUGUGCUCUCUGGAUUUGUUCCUGGCUGGAACAGAAACAACGUCCACCACUCUGCAGUGGGCUUUGGUUUACCUCAUCAAGAACCCUGACGUCCAGGAAAAGGUCCAAGCAGAGAUUGACAGAGUGAUUGGACAGAGCCGUCAGGCCACGAUGGCGGACAGACCCAGCUUGCCCUACACUGAUGCUGUUAUACAUGAGAUCCAGAGGAUGGGAAACCUUGUUCCCCUGAAUGGACCAAGAGUUGCUGCCAAAGACACAACACUGGGCGGUUAUUUCAUACCAAAGGGUACGACUAUAUUGCCCGUGCUGACCUCUGUGCUGUUUGACAAGAAUGAAUGGGAAACUCCAGACACCUUCAAUCCUGGACACUUCCUAGAUGCUGAGGGGAAGUUUGUAAAGAGAGAAGCUCACAUGCCUUUCUCUGCAGGGAAACGUGUGUGUCUUGGAGAAGGCCUGGCCAAGAUGGAACUCUUUCUGUUUUUGGUAGCUUUACUCCAGAGGUUCUCCUUCUCUGCUCCUGAUGGAGUAGAGCUGAAUGCAGAGGGAGUCACUGGAACGACACGAGUGCCACAUCCCUUCAAGGUUCAUGCUAAAGUUCGCUGAGUUUGGCAGAAUCUCACCAAACUGCUUUCAUUUAACCACUGUUCUGUAACAGACAGGACCAAAGUUGAACACCUCAACCACAGUUAAUUCUCAUGCUCUCACUGUUGUAUGAUUGUCUUAUGUACUAUAAUGGCGUUAUCAGUCUCUCUGCCUGUACAAUUCUGUGUAAGUGUAUAAGCAGAACCAAAAAAAUGUUGAUUGUUAAUUAAUAAAGGGAGGAAAUGACAAAUA